AUGGUCAACGACGAGCAGACCGCUCUUUCCCGCGCCUUUGCCGCGCUGUCUCCUUUCUCGUCCUCCCGUCGUAUCCCCUUCGAGAAGAAGCCCUGGGUCCAAGAGGCUAAAACUUGGGAAACAACCUGGAAACGUAAACCAGGUCACAUCACGCUGUAUAUGCGCUUCGGAAGCAAGACCUGCUCUUUCUUGUGCUCGCCUGAAAUUCGCUUUGAGUCCAUGAAGGAACCGCAAGUUGUUCACCUGGCCCGGCAUGUCGCCUUCGUCCCUGACCGUCUCCCUGACGAGGGCACCGUAAAGGAGUAUGAGAUGGAGGAGGGCGAUAUCAUCGACAUCUACUACGACCGCCCCCCGAAAGAGCCGAAUGGCACCAGAUGUCUGCCAGACCAGAGCUGCAUGCUCGACCCCCGUAUCGAGACACCGUCUGCCCUGAAGUUCACCGCCACCGUAUAUCUACACACCCCAGUCAGCUUGUCUCGAUCAGGGUUCAUCACUGCAGAGGCGGUUGGCUCGAGGUCGAUAGAAUUCGAUCUCUUGUUGCCGGAGCCAGAGCACGACCACACCUCCUUCGCAACUACAGAAGGCUAG